ACGUCCUAAUUCUUAUACAUCUUAAAUCCAUCAUGUUAUCAUUAAGCAUUAUCUUUAAACCAACUUAAGACAAAGUCAAGACUGUUAACUUGACCACAAGUGGUUAUGAACAAGCAGAUAAGAUAUUAAAUAAAAUCUACAAGCUCAGCUGAUCUUUUAUUAGAAAUGACAGGAUUUAAAAGUUACAAAAAUGUUUAGUGUGAGUCUGUGUGUAGGAUAGGAGGAUAGGAUCUAGAUAUUUUGUGUGAAUUUACAGAAUGCUAGCUCUAGUGGUUGGUGGGCUAGGUGUAACUGGUGCCUUGUAUUUACUGCUAAAUCUCUGGUGGCCAGGCUGGUACUUAGAUUGGUACUAUCGUCGCAACAACUUGAAGGUCGGAAAUGCUAUCCUUCAUUCUUUGUCAAGAGGAAAAUUUCUUAUAGACAUUUUUGAAGAGUUUGCAAAUUUAACUCCACAAAAAACAUUUAUAAUUUACAAUGAUGAGAAGUUAAGUUAUGAAUACAUUGAUCGGAAGGCAAAUCAAGCCGGCCGGGCUGCCAUUGAAAUAGGAAUCAAACCUGGUUCAGUUGUAGCAAUCAUGAUGUACAAUGAGCCGGGAAUAGUGUGGUCAUACUUAGGGUUUAUGAAAGUUGGUUACCAGAUUGCUUUUAUCAACUUUAAUCUCAGAGCACAUUCUCUCUCACAUUCUAUCAAAGCCAGUGGUGCCAAGGUCCUAAUUAUUGGUGAAGGAGAUGGUCUUGUUGAAGCUGUUAUGGACAUAUUACCUGAAAUACCUGAUGUAGCAGUGUAUGUAUGUGGGAAGACAGGUGAAGAAAAACCACCAUCAUUUAUGUCAUUUGAUGUGGUGAUGACAAGAAUGAGUACAGAUCGUAUAGACAGGUCUGUGAGGAAACAUGUUCUGCCUUUCUCACCAAAUGUUUACAUCUAUACAUCAGGAACAACAGGAUAUCCAAAACCGGCUAUUCGAAACGCCCGGAGCUGUGUGGUGUCUGGUCAUCGAUAUUUUCAUGGGAUGACCAAAGAUGAUAUUUUAUAUCAAACUUUGCCUCAAUAUCAUUCUGCAGCAUUACUUGUUGGCUUUGGAAAAGUCAUUACUAGUGGUGCAACAAUGGUGCUUCGUGAGAAAUUUUCAGCGAGACAUUUCUGGGAUGACUGUAGGAAACAUGAUGUUACAAUUAUACAAUAUAUAGGGGAAGUGUGUCGAUAUCUUGUUGCUCAACCUAAGUCGCCAAAGGAUGGAAUACACAAAAUCAAGUAUGCGUUUGGAAAUGGGUUACGGCAGGAUAUCUGGGCGGAGUUUAAAAACCGGUUCAAUAUACCAAGGGUAAUUGAGUUCUAUGGUGCUACAGAGUGUCCAAUAGGGCUGUCCAACAUUACAAACAAGUUCGGAGCAUGUGGGAGAUCAUCACCAUAUUUGAGACAGUUUACACCAUGUGCAUUUGUCAAGUUUGAUUUGGAAGCACAAGCUCCUUUACGUAACAAACAUGGAUUUUGUGUACCCAUCGGAACUGAUGAGAUAGGCCUAAUGAUUGUUCCAUUAAUAGAAGGGAAGACGUCAUUCCAGGGAUACCGUGGGAAGAAAGCAGAUUCAGAGAAAAAACUUGUAUAUGAUGUGUUUACAAAAGGAGAUAAAUAUUUUAAUACUGGAGACCUGAUGAAAGUUGAUAAAGAUUACUAUGUGUAUUUCAGUGAUAGAGUCGGUGAUACAUUUAGAUGGAAAGGAGAGAAUGUAUCUACAACAGAAGUUAGCAAUAUUCUGACAGAUCUUGACUUUAUACAUGAUGCCAAUGUAUAUGGUGUCCUAGUACCAGGUACUGAUGGACGUGCAGGAAUGGCAGCCUUACAUUUGAAUGAUCAGAGCCUGGCAACAUUGACCCCUAGCAUGAUUACCUCCCUUUCUAAACAUGUGAAAGAAGUUCUGCCCACAUAUGCUAGACCUAAAUUCAUACGAGUACAGAAGGAACUCAUAAUGACCUCCACCUUCAAACAACAAAAAGUUUCUCUUGUUAGGGAAGGUUAUGAUGUUACAAAUGUUACGGACCCUAUUUUCUACCUCAACCCAGCAACACAAAGUUACCUCCCCUUAGAUUAUGUUGUUUUCACACAGAUUAUGGCUGGAAAAGUGCCACUAUAGUUGCCUAUUAACAUUAAAUACUUAUCUUCUUAAAUUACAAUGUUUGUAGUAUGUUUACACAGACAAUAAAAAAUCCGAAUAUA